UAUUAUUUGACUGUUACCGCAUUUGGUAGUUAACCAGUCAUAAGUCACCCGCAAACGCACCAAUUUUUAACCGCAGUACCAGUCGUACAAAUCUCUUAAAACCGCUAGAAACCGCAACCAUCCGCAUCCACAAACUCCCGCAACCGCAACCGCAACCGCUGCGUUUGAACCAGUCAGGCCCUUAGUGUUGAGCGUUCUCUAUGCACGGGAUUGAUAUACCACCAAUUUCUCUAACAAAACACAGAGAAAAAUUAUAUAGUGAUUGUAUUGUUUAUCAUUCCGAGUGAGCGGCCGUGGGGUUCUCGACGGAAGUAGUCAACCUAUUACAUAAACUUUCAAUGGAAGUGUGCAUGUAUCUAUUGCAUAGGAAUCUGAAAGUUACUUUUCAUGAAAUGUAAAUUUAUUGAUCUCAAAAAAGAAUAUAUAUAUAUAUAUAUAUAUAUAUAUAUAUAUAUAUAUAUAUAUAUCGAGAGUUUAAAAGAAAAUAUUAACUAGACAAAAUCUCAAGUCAAGCGUCAUGCGUUUAAAACCAACAAUGCAGUAGUACUAGUCCAUGCAGUUUUGGUUUCAUGAAAUAUCUAGUGGACAUGAUACAGUUCUUUAUAUUUUCGUCAAUUAUGUUUACUAGCUGGGGCACCGAUCUUUGAAUAUUAUAUACUGUGCCUCCUCUUAUUACGUUCUCUCCAAAAUGAAAUAAACCGUAACUUGAAAAGCUAAUCUCAGCAAGAUGUAGAAUAAUGUAUCUCAAGAGCCAAUGACUAGCAUGGCCGUUGUUGGAUUGUAUGGGUCGUUUUGUAUUUGGUAUAAGACAUGGUUUAUAUUUCACUAUCAACAAAAAUAUCUUAAUUUUCUUUUACAAAAAGUAUAUCUUAAUUUGAUUAAUACAAAAGAGUUGGCGACACUGAUGUAAUGCAUUCGCUAUUAUUGACUAUAUAAGAAAUACAAUUCAAAAUGUAACCGUAUAUAUGCAUGCAGUGGAUAUAGUCUGUCAAAAGAAGAAAUUAGGUUGAGAGUAGGAACCGUAAACAAAUAAACAAAUAUAUGAUACACACAUGAUGUCGUCGGCUUAUUUAUAUUAUAUCACACAGAUGAAUAUCAUUAAGAUAAUGUUUGUUAGUUAUAAACUUAAAACUAAAUAAUAAUAUAGCCACAUUAAUGUAUAUGUAUUGUUUUAAUGUCAUUUAGAAAAUUAAGGUGGGUUUUCACAAACCAUAUCUAAUUACGUACCAUGUAUUCUAAACUAAGAAAAUUGAAUUUUUAUUUUUUUUUUGAAUUAUACAGAAGUAUCUUGCCACGUGUAGGUCCUCUGUCCCUGGCGAUGCCGAAAUGUUAAUUCCCCAGUGGCCGAGAUUCGAACCCUGGUGGCAGUACUCACAGCUGUAAGCCCUUUACCACUAGAGCUAGAAGCUCCGGUUUAAAAAAAAAUUGAAUUUUUAACCAUUUAACUAGUCAUUAAAUAUUUUUAAUAUGUAAGGAAAUGUCAAGAGGAUGUAUUUUAAUCAAUUCCAUUGUUCAUCAUGCUGAUGUAAAACACUGUUGGCCUUUCCUUUUCUCGUUCUGCCUUUUCUUGUGGUUAUUACUUACUAGUCAAUUAUUUAAUCAACAAAAAUGUUCUAUAAACCUAAUCGAUGGUGAUAUUAUAUUAAAUUCAAGGGAACCCUUAAUCGGAUGUAAUAGGGUUUCCCAUCCCCUGUUGUUUCUAAGAUAUGUAUCAAGUAAUCACACUGAAAUCAUUGUUAAUUCUCUCUCUCCCCCUUUUUUGUUUAUAGAUUAUUUUUCUUUUUAUUAAUUUCUCUUUUAUUUUUAACAAGUUAUAAGUUAUGACCAAAGUCGUACGGUUCUAAACAAAUAAUUACAAAAGAGAAAGAUACAUAUAUAGAUACCAGAAAAUCGAAUCAGAAAUCCAAUAAACAUAUAUAUUAGGAGUCGAAUACAUUUAGCGGUGUCCACCACAGUUUCCACGUCCGCAGUUUCCUAGUCCACCAUUUGUGGAUUACCAAUACAUCUCCUUAAACUUUGUUGAUGGUUUAACCGGGUUUCUUUGAACGAUUCGUUUAUCUGAAGGUGUUACAAGAUUCAUUGAAUCCGUCUCUGUCUGAAUUCUUUUAUAGAUUGUUAACUUUCUCUUAUUCAUAUAAUAACUAAGGGCAUUGCCUCUGCAUAAGCGCGGGAUUGUUAAUUAUUGUUUCAUCUCAAUGUUUGCUAGGAUCAUUGUAGUUGUGAAUUUUGUGUUUUGGCUUGAUCAUUGUUUUUCAAGUUUUUAUUGUUAUAGUAUUAGAGUUGUGAUGAUGAACUGUAUAUGGAUUGUUCUCCACUUAUAAAUGACUAAACUGUAUUAGUAAUAUAAUUGAUAUUGUUUGUGGUGUUGCUUGCUGUGUCACUGAGACUUAUUGUUUGUUUGUCUUUUUAAUUUGUUUCUUCAAUUGUUGAGAUUACAUAAAUUAUACUAAGAUUGUUGAGAGUACAUUUUAUUUCUGGAUAUUUUUCUCCAGUUUAGUUGUGUAUUAAAUAAUAUUUUUUAUUAUCCUUAUUAUGUUUGUUAUAUGUUUUUUUAAAAAAAUUUUAAACUUGUUCUUUUACCGGAUUUUUAAAACAAAUACAUGAAAACUUGUAGAAAUAACUAUAAAAUGAGUGACAAUUCUGAGUAUUUGAGUCUUAGUUGGUUUCAAACGAAUUUAUGUAUUUCUCAUAAGAAGACAAUAUCAUUGACAUGUUGACAUUGAGCAUGUAAGCUAUUUUCAUAAAAUAAGAGGAGUGAGCAGGUGGAAAUGUUGUUGCCGCCUUUGUGUAUGUCAGAAUUGUCUCUUGUAUCUCAUGGUGUGGAUGUGUUUGUUUCUCUUUUAUAUGAUGGGUAAUAUGUAAACAAAAAUCAUUCUUAUUUGUAUUUAUCAGAGUUCGUAACUUACUCUUCUUUUUUUGUUUAGGUAAUUUCAUUGAUCUUGGUUGUUGUCUUCGUUGUUCGUAAGCAUUUGCGAAAGUAAGUUUGUAACUUGUUAAAUAGCUGUCCGUGUAGUUUGUAUUUGUUUAGCUGACUUGAUGUAUGUGUUGUUGAGUUUUAUUUGAGGUGAUUGGUUUGGUAUAUUUGUUGUGAAGUUUAUUUGUAAGAUUAGACAAAAAGAAAUGAUCAUUUAUGAUUCGUCUUUUUUGAAAUUCUAGUUUUUGGUGUUUUGAUUGUUUGGUUUGUUGUGGUUUCUUUUAAACUGUAAAAUAAAGUUUUGUGUAAAAUUAGCUUUUUAAGUAUGGAAGAUAAAUAAACGACCACGAAUCUUGAAUAGAAAUUAUUUUUGAUUAUUGAUGUUAGCACCAUUUUAGAUUAUUUUAGACUUAUACUUUUUAUUUAUGUAUUUUAAAACGCUUAUAUUUAUUUUUUACUAGGUCAUAGAAUGAUUAACUUAAAGAUUUAAGAAGUACAGGAAAGUUUUAAAAUCCAGAAGCAUAAAAUUGCAUCAAAAGAAAAGAAAAAAUGAACUUUAAUCCAGGAAGUACAAAUUAGCGGGUUCACAAUGGUUUACAACAACGGUCAAACAUAGACGGCAGAGUCCCAAUAACUUCAAUCCAACAAUGUCUACAGUUCGCUGGAAGAUGUUCUGAAGUGAUCGAGAAAAGAUUAAGGUGUCCAGCAGUCAUGUUCCAACGCCCGAGAGCGAACCGCCACAAGCAAAUCUCUCCAACGGUUUCAAGUAGCGGCUUGGAGACUCCUGGCUACAUCAUUAAAAUAAGAUUGGAUGAUCUGCAUGACUAGAUCUUUUUACCAUUUUUUUCCUGGAGCUGUUAAUUUCACAUUUAAGGUACCUUUUCAAUGAAUUUGUCAAUUUUUGAAAUACAUAUUCAUUAUAAUAUAUAUAUAUAUAUAUAUAUAUUGUUUUUUAUUUCUUAAAUACCCAUGUUGAAAACCUUAUAAUGUGAUUUUCUAAAGUUUUAGAUAUGUGUUUAUCUAUAUGAUUUCAAGAAACAUCUUGCAAAAAUCAAACAACUCUAAUUAUUAUUAAAUAUAGUUUGACAAACAAUACCAGUUCUUGAAUAAUGUAUUUGACAAAGGGCAUAUCUUGAAUAGAAUAUACAUAAUUUCCCUUUCCCAGUGGAUCAAGUUGUCCGGCAAUCGAAUGUCUGUGUGGUGAUGCUUUGGCAGUAUUAUUUGCAUGGACAUUUCUUAUUUCAUACUUUUGUCACAAAAUUUAUUUAAGUCUCUUAAAUCGUGUACAAUUUAAUUUCUAAAACAAUCAUGAUAAAUGAAAAGAAAAAGUUGACUAAAUAUUCUCUUAAAUUGAUAAACCAAUAUAGCUAUAACAUGAAGUAAAUUAAUCACCAAAAUGUUAUCACACUGAUCUACUUUAUAAUAUACUUUAUUAUCAUGAUCGACACUGAGAUUUUGGGAGCAUGUGACUAGACCUAUGUAAAAAAAUUUUUUUUUACAAAUUUGAGGAUUUAAAACAAAUUUAAAAAAUUAUUUGUAUGUAAUUUUUUUCAAAAACGGCCUAUUACAAAUGUUUCACCUAGCAUGCCACAUAAUCGGCCUACUUAUUAUAUAUGGUUAUCUAAGAAGUUCAUCUAUUUAGUUCUUAAUUUUGAGCUUAAUAAUACACUAAAUGACUACAUGAGAUGUCACAAUGAGACAAUCAUAUUAAUUUAAUUUUUAUCUAACUUUUCUAGGUCAGUUAUCUUAUUAUAUAGAGUAUUAAACAAAUGAUGUAAGAAAAUAUCAAGUUACCCCCGUUGCACCAAUGGUGUUCUCGUUAAUAAAUUUUAAAACAUUGGUCUUUUUGUCAUAUCAGAGCUUCGACGCUCUUAUAUAAAUCCCUUUCCUUGAUUAAUCAAAUACCAUUAACUAACUAAUCACUCAGCAACUAGUAAAUAAUCACUUAACAACGUGAGUAACCACCUUGAAAUGGCGGGCUGCUCCUCCUCUUCCACCGUAACGAACUUAAUCUCCACCGUCCAUCACGACAUCAUAGAAUCUCACAUCCUGACGCGUCUCGACGGCCCAACCCUAGCCUCCGUCUCCUGCGCCUCCUCACACCUCCACGAGCUCGCUUCAAACGAGAUCCUCUGGUCCAAACUCCGCCGCUCCACGUGGCCUUCCACCGCCACCUUCUCCGACGAUGAUUCCCGCCUUUUUUUCUCCGACGCCUACUCUGUCCUCGACACCGCCGGUUCAGUUUCCGAUCCCGACCGUCCGUUCCAGGAGCUGAUCUCCGCCGUGGAUGUACACUACAGAGGGAAACUGAUUUUGACCAGAGUCGUGAAGACGGAGACGACGACGGCGUGGUUCCGUAGCUCGCCUCUGAGGAUCGAUCUCGUGGACGCGAAGGACACGGUGCCGACGCCGAUCAAGCGAGGACGGUGGGCGGAAGACACGUGUCGUGAUCUAGAGCAGGAGCUGACUUUGAGCUGGAUCGUGAUCGAUCCCGUCGGAAAACGAGCGGCGAAUCUGUCUAGUCACCGGGCGGUGUCGGUGCGGCGAAACUGGCUGAGCGGUGGAGUGGAGGCGAAGUUUGCGACGGUUGUGGGGUCGGUGGAGUGUGUGAUCACGGUGGUCACGUGCGGGGAGGAGGAGAUGCACGUGAAGGAGGUGAGUCUGAGGGUGGAGAAGAUGGAGGGAACGCAUUUGAACGGGAAGGAUAGUUUGGUCAUUUUGAGGAGUGUAAUGGAGGGUAAAAGAGGAAAUGGGAGAAGGAGAGAAGUGGAGUUGAAGAGGAGACACGAGGAGUUUAUGGAGAAGAGGAGAGAGAUGAAAGAGAAGAAGAUGAGGGUAGAAUCCGUAUUUGACAUUUUAACGGUAGCUGUCGGAAUUUUAGGUUUUGUAUCGCUUGUUGGGUUUUAUCUUUGGUCUCGAUGACUUUGAUAUAAUCAAUCAAGAUUCAAGAACAUAUAUAUAGAUAGAAUUAUAAUGAACUUGGGAUUUUGAUCCAAACCGAACCAAAAAAGAUUUUAUUAAGUGCUGUUAUGAA